AUGACCCUCUCCACGUUUGGAAAGUACAAGGAGCUGGUAACUGGGAAGCGGGCCAGGGAAAUCAUCGCUGUCUUGUGGAUUCUUUCCUUCGUGAUUGGCCUGAUCCCGUUCCUGGGCUGGAAUAAGAAAGACGAGGCAUGCCCCAACAUCACAAACCAGACCCACGGAAACGAGUCAUCUCACAGCUGCGAUGUCUCCUGCUUCUUCGAGAAGGUGGUAGACAUGAGCUACAUGGUCUACUUUAACUUCUUCGGCUGCGUCCUGCUGCCUCUGCUCAUAAUGCUGGGGAUCUACAUCAAGAUCUUCAUGGUGGCCCGAACGCAGCUGAGGCAGAUUGAGCACAAGUGCAUCAAUGGGGACAACUCGCGCAGACGGCUCCAAAAAGAAAUCAACGCUGCCAAGUCCUUAUCCAUCAUUGUGGGCCUGUUUGCCCUCUGCUGGCUCCCUCUCCACAUUUUAAAUUGCCUCAACCUGUUUUAUAAAGACUUUGCCAAUAAGAAGCCGGAAUUUGUGAUGUACGUAGCCAUCAUCUUGUCCCACGCCAACUCUGUGGUGAACCCCAUCAUAUACGCCUACAGGAUCCGUGAUUUCCGCAACACCUUUCACAAGAUCAUUUACAAGCACAUUCUCUGCCAAAAGGACGAAUUGUACAAGAGCACCGACGGCAGUAUGUACAACAGAGACGAGAUUGCGAGAAACACGACUGUUCUGUUACUGUAGUAAACCGCGACAACUAAAAAAACUGUGUGCUGUCGCUAAAUGUUUACAGGAGAAAAGGCAGACAGGAGGUGUUGUUUAAUUUUGAAAUAAUGUGACGAGCACAAUGCCUUUUACUGAUGGGUUUUAGUAUUUUUUUUUUUUUUUCUGAAGUCUGCAAAACACAGCACUGGGCCGUGGAGGCGAGGAAGACUUUUUAUUUUUUUUUUUUUUUUUUUUUUUUUUAAUCAUGACAACUGCAUGUAGUCUCCUUUACAUAAUCUACACCCAGAUUCAGAGAGUCAGUGGUAUGGAAGCUGGUCGCUUUCCCAGUCUAAAUCGUUCAAUGUUCAUUCUGCCAAACCAACACUCUGAAACUGUUCCUGUCUGGUUAAUUAAAGGCAUCUGUUUUUACUCUGUGCUUUAAACAUUUCAACACCCAUUAUUUCCAAUGGGACCUAAUGGGUCAAUUCGAAUGGAAACAGUGGCUCCCUUCUUCUAUUUUUCAAUGCCUAAUGCCAGAUAUAUUCAGUGUGGCUGCUGAUCUGUGGCCAGUUAAAGCUGCAGUAUCCCAUAACCAUGUUCAGUUGUAUACCUAAAUGAUUCCUUUGUGUCAGUUUACUACAUUCCUCUGGGCACUACUCUUCCUCCCUCUUUGAAGCCCAAACUGAACAAUACAGACACAGUCCUGGCACCAUGUGCAGCAGCCCUAAGAUAUCUUAUCAUCUACCAGCUCUUUUGUUGCUCAGGAAAGCAAAAUAAAAACCUAAACAAAAAGCAAAUAUCACGUUUUUCCUCCCCAUCGUUUUACAUGAAGUGCCUACAAAACUAGUAAAAUAUGGUCCAUUAAAAAAAAAAAAAAAAAGAAAAAAAGAAAUUGAAAUAACAUGUUAAAAACGACUGGAGAUUAAAUAUUUCAAAAUUGUAUUUAGAGUCCAGUUAAUGAUAUCCUGUAUCUUCUUGGAUUUGGGGUAAGAUUUUCUGGAAUCACUGCAGUAGUGCAAUUUAAAAUCCAAAUGCGUCAUUAUCUUAAGUCGUGGGCUUAGAAACCCUUUUGGAUAGACCCUUCACUUUGUUGUAUUACUGGAAGUCGUUCCAGUAAAAAAACAUAAAACAUAAACACAUAAAAACAUAAACUGUACAUCACUCCAGAGUGACUAAACAGUUGAGUGACUAAACAGUUGCUGUAAACUUAUGUGUGAAAGAACAAAUGUUUUAUAGACUAACAUUUGAUUUCAGGUUAUAUACUAAAGGCUUUCUCAUACUGCAAUGGUGGAAUGAUCUCCUGUGUAGCCUAUAAGACAAUAAUCACGGCUGCCUUGUGGUCACAAAAUGUAGUUUUUUUUUUUUUUAAACCCAUUUAGUAUGUAGAAGACCUACAACAAGGAGCCUUUAAAAGAUCCUUCAUUAUCCAAUUCUCCUGCCAAGAUAUGCAGUCCUUCAGCUUUCAUUAGAUCUGACCAGAAUACUUAAUUACAACCCCAUUACUCAACAUCAUAAAGCCAGUAAUUCAGAGAGAUAUACAAGAUGGGGUUUUUCUGUACCACUAAGAUUCAUAUACUUUGUUUGGAAUGUGAUUUACAUUUCAACAUUUUUCUCUUACUCUACGCUAGUGUAGCAGUGCAGGCACGUCAGUCUAGUCUGGGUAAGACGCAUGCUUUUCAGUCGAUGGGAAAGUGCUCUAUUUUCCACACUCCUGUUUGAAACACACCCCCUCUGCCCCCCAAUACGUACAGUAGCUUUGUGUAGAAAACAGACUUGAUCUGUGAAUUGAAAUGUCGCUUCUGAUAUAACCAGAACAAAAAGGGAUUUACAAAUGAGCCUAUUAAUUUCUGUUUGGCAACUGUGUCGACAAUAUAACUACAGGUGUUGGGCUUAUUUUGUUGUCUUUGAGAAAUGCUUUACAACUUUAUAAAACGGCAUCUGUUUAAGAUCAAAAAAUAUUUUACAACCAACUGUCAGGAAAGCAGAAAGCCAGAGCUAUGUCCUGUAGUAAUUGAACUAAAUAAAUUACAAUUACACUUUGUGAGUUUGGUGAAUACCAUGCUAGACAGAAAUUUAAAGUGUUUCCUGUGCAAAUGACAGUUUGAGUUUUCACCUGCGUCAGUCUUAGACCACAGGGAGCUGUUGAAGACAAUACAAUACUGUCAAUAGCUACAGGCUUGCGUUUUAGUCAGUGCAAUAUUAUGAGCUGCACAGCUGUGUCUGUCACUGCAUUGCAAGCUUACGGCAAUGGCUGCUAAAUGUGUCAGCCCUCCUCCGCUCAGUCCAGCUGUAUUUUCAGGGGUAUGUUUGGGUCUGGUUGCAGGCUCAGAACUGGCCCUGUCAGGCUUCACUGAUAUUGAACUUUACCAGGAUACACACAGUAGGAAGCAGUCAUUCAAGGACAGAAAAAAGAAAAACAAAGGCUACUUUUUCCACUUUUAAGUUUGAAAUUCAAUAGGUUUUCAAAAGGAUACGUGGAUUCAAUUACAAAAAUCGGUAUAUUCUGAAAACUACAAUACUGCACCAUAUACAGUUUUGUUUAAAAAAAUAUGUAUUUAUACUAUAUAUCUAUAGCCAUGACUACAUACAGUAGCUGUAGAUGAUGUUACAUUGGUCCAAUCUAAGCUAAAAUAAAACAUCCGCAAAUGGCAACAUUUGCCUAGGGUUGCAUAUCAGAGACAUUUCAUGACCACUGACAGUCAGGCUUGUAACUACGAAUCACUUUGAGCUAUUAUUAUCCGUUCUUCUCGAGAAAGCUGCAGCUUGUGUUUCAGAUACAUUGUCUUAUCUGUUUGCUUGCUGGGCUGUAGUGGCUCUUAAGCCAAAGGGGGCUGAAAUCUUUUUUCCCCGGGCUUCAAUUUGUACAGUCUCUAUUCUGAACGCUUCAUUACUCUAGUCUUUCUGUUGCAGGGAAGGAAAUGUAUGUCGAUUGUGUGCCUAGUGUUGUCUACUGUUUCCCAAUGACAAUAGUUAUACUAUUUGAAUUGGUGUAAUUCACAUUUAUACCCAAGUGUGGUGACUGUUCGCAACACAGGGGCAGAGACCUUACCUUACCUAGUUUGGUCAGUUACUGGUUGGUAUUAAAAAAAAGAAAAGGUUUAUGGGGAAUAUGUUUAAGGCAUAACAUACCACUAAUGGAAUAACAACUAUUCCAAAACUGAAGAAAUAUAUUCCAUACUAGUUGUUGCAUUGUGUUCAGCAAGCUGUCUACAAGUUUGUGUUUCUAAUUGUAUGCAGCUUUUCUGAACACACAGGUGUUCUUCAUUCUUUUUGUACAGAAUAAGUUUUGCAGUUGCAGUACACUAUGUAAUGCGUGGGUGUAUUUGCUUGUCAAAUAGUAUGGAGGAUUGACGUUACAAUGAUGUUAAUGAAUAAGAUAAUUUAUUAAAAAUGUUGUCCGAUUCAUUACAGAAAAUACCUGCAUGUAAAUUUUUAUAAAAGAAGAAUUUUAUUUCCUGUCUUGCAGGAAAGCAUUUUAUAUGGCCUAAAUGAAGUACAGGAAAAAAGGAAACUGUAAAGAUUUUAUUUCUUUGUGUAGUUUGGCUUCUGAGCGUUAUCCUAAAGAUGCAUUUCCUUUAUAGACAUUUUAACUGAUAUCACUCCAGAGACAGAUCACAGAAGGCAAGAUCAGUGUGGAGGACUGUGACAGGGGAGUGUCACAGCCCAGGCUGGCUACUGGCAGGAAUUAGACCCAGAAAGCUGCAGUUUUAUGCGCUUACGAUCGUGUUUAU